AUGGCAGCGAGUGUUGAGAUGGCAGCGAGUGUUGAGAUGGCAGCGAGUGUUGAGAUGGCAGCGAGUGUUGAGAUGGCAGCGAGUGUUGAGAUGGCAGCGAGUGUUGAGAUGGCAGCGAGUGUUGAGAUGGCAGCGAGUGUUGAGAUGGCAGCGAGUGUUGAGAUGGCAGCGAGUGUUGAGAUGGCAGCGAGUGUUGAGAUGGCAGCGAGUGUUGAGAUGGCAGCGAGUGUUGAGAUGGCAGCGAGUGUUGAGAUGGCAGCGAGUGUUGAGAUGGCAGCGAGUGUUGAGAUGGCAGCGAGUGUUGAGAUGGCAGCGAGUGUUGAGAUGGCAGCGAGUGUUGAGAUGGCAGCGAGUGUUGAGAUGGCAGCGAGUGUUGAGAUGGCAGCGAGUGUUGAGAUGGCAGCGAGUGUUGAGAUGGCAGCGAGUGUUGAGAUGGCAGCGAGUGUUGAGAUGGCAGCGAGUGUUGAGAUGGCAGCGAGUGUUGAGAUGGCAGCGAGUGUUGAGAUGGCAGCGAGUGUUGAGAUGGCAGCGAGUGUUGAGAUGGCAGCGAGUGUUGAGAUGGCAGCGAGUGUUGAGAUGGCAGCGAGUGUUGAGAUGGCAGCGAGUGUUGAGAUGGCAGCGAGUGUUGAGAUGGCAGCGAGUGUUGAGAUGGCAGCGAGUGUUGAGAUGGCAGCGAGUGUUGAGAUGGCAGCGAGUGUUGAGAUGGCAGCGAGUGUUGAGAUGGCAGCGAGUGUUGAGAUGGCAGCGAGUGUUGAGAUGGCAGCGAGUGUUGAGAUGGCAGCGAGUGUUGAGAUGGCAGCGAGUGUUGAGAUGGCAGCGAGUGUUGAGAUGGCAGCGAGUGUUGAGAUGGCAGCGAGUGUUGAGAUGGCAGCGAGUGUUGAGAUGGCAGCGAGUGUUGAGAUGGCAGCGAGUGUUGAGAUGGCAGCGAGUGUUGAGAUGGCAGCGAGUGUUGAGAUGGCAGCGAGUGUUGAGAUGGCAGCGAGUGUUGAGAUGGCAGCGAGUGUUGAGAUGGCAGCGAGUGUUGAGAUGGCAGCGAGUGUUGAGAUGGCAGCGAGUGUUGAGAUGGCAGCGAGUGUUGAGAUGGCAGCGAGUGUUGAGAUGGCAGCGAGUGUUGAGAUGGCAGCGAGUGUUGAGAUGGCAGCGAGUGUUGAGAUGGCAGCGAGUGUUGAGAUGGCAGCGAGUGUUGAGAUGGCAGCGAGUGUUGAGAUGGCAGCGAGUGUUGAGAUGGCAGCGAGUGUUGAGAUGGCAGCGAGUGUUGAGAUGGCAGCGAGUGUUGAGAUGGCAGCGAGUGUUGAGAUGGCAGCGAGUGUUGAGAUGGCAGCGAGUGUUGAGAUGGCAGCGAGUGUUGAGAUGGCAGCGAGUGUUGAGAUGGCAGCGAGUGUUGAGAUGGCAGCGAGUGUUGAGAUGGCAGCGAUGCACAACAGAAGGGAAAACAGCAUGACCCACGAUGGCGCAGCAUCUGGCAACAAGAAGAACAAGAGCAAAAUUAUCCAGACACCCAGCGCGAUUUCUGGAGCAUUGUAA